CAUGGGUGCCGGGAGUGAGCAGACACCGGAGACUGACAGUUCCAGAUCACAUGGAAGAGGGGAAGGAAGUGAGCCCCAAGGAAGGGGUGCUAGCAGAUCCAAAUAACUAGCCCCCAAAUAGAGAUAUUUGAAGAUUAAAUGUGAAUAAAAAUGGAUGAUGAGAAUGCUUCAAUUUUCUCAGCCUGCCUGCUCCAGGCUGAGCUGGUAAACUACGAGCGAGUCAAGGAGUACUGCCUCAAAGUGCUGAAGAAGGAAGGGGAGAACUUCAAGGCCCUCUACCGGUCUGGUGUGGCCUUCUACCACCUUGGGGACUAUGACAAAGCACUCUACUACCUGAAGGAAGCAAGAACCCGACAACCAACAGGUCACAGCGAGCUGUCCACAUUUGCAAGGAGAGGUAGUGAAAGAGAAGGCCCAACAUCUGGUUCCCCUCUCAGCUGCCACCAUGGGAAGGCCAAGGGACCUUGGCUGAACACCAACGUGAUUCGGUAUAUCCAGCUGACGGAGAUGAAGCUCAGCAGAUGCUCCCAGAGGGAGAAAGAAGCCAUGUAACUACCAAGCCUCUCCAGAGACACCCACGCCUGACUGGAGACUUCCAGGCACCCGCUGGUGGAGAGCCCCACCCUAGAUUCUGUCCCUUUACCCCACUUCUUCCAGCUCCCCUUCUUCCUCCCAUUGUUCCUCAACUCUGUCUGCGCCCAGUGUGAAAAGAAGGUGAGAUGCACAUUUGGAAUCUGGUGGGCUGCCCAGACACAGAGACUCCUCUUCACUGGCAGGUCAGGGACUGAGAGGGGCCUAACGUCUGCUGGGGGGGGAGUCUCACAGGCUGGAAUGCUGGGAAGGCAGCAGGCACGGAGCCCACGGUCUGGAACCUGCUAUGUCCUCCUGAGGGACCAGGACACCUUAAGGCAACUGUGACAAAUCUAGGGCUGAAGCAAACACCAGAAGCACAGGUGGAGGCAACAUUAAAGACUGGACUUGUAACUGGACCCCCGCCCCCAGCCCCCUGUCACCUUAGCCCCUGCCACCCCUCCCCGUCACUUGGCUUGGCUUGUGCUUCCUUCUCUCUGCCAGGAUUCACAUGCCAUUGAGACCCACGCUCAGUGCCCUCUGGUGACCACACAUACCAUUCCCCCAACUCCCAGCCAGUAGGCAGCUGGGACAGCACAAGGGCAGAGCAUGUUGGUGACAGGGGAGGGACAGAUGAUGGGUAAGGGAAAGAGCAUUGUGUAGGCUGGGGGAUCCCACUGUGGACUCCUUAAGUGUAAACAAAAACAAACUUUCAGGCAGCGGUUCCUGUCACCCUGUGGGGAUCUACUCCUUCCCUCCCUCACCUCCUCCCCCAAUCCUCCCUCAGAGCUGCUUACAACCAGGCAGGAUGGGCUUCCCCCAAAGUGCAGGGCCAUUUGUCCAGAGCCAAUGUAUGCCACGUUGACUGUGGCUUGACAGAGUGGGCUGGGAUCAUGGAGACUGCCCUGGGGCCUGGCUUCCUGGGAACCUGUCCAGCCUCUUUUUGAUGAAAUGAUCUGGACUCCAUACCUAACACAUAAAAUGUGUUCAACAAAUAUUUGUUGAAUGAAUAAAUUAUAACUGCAGACUGACUCUCCUGCCUUAAAAUAAUUUUAUCCCAGCCUAGUCUCCUGGUACCCCUGCUCUUUAUGCUAUGCCAUGUUGCUUCAGUCAAACAAGAAACAUUGAUUGAGGGCUUGCUGUUUGCUCAUUGUAGUGCAAUAUGCCCUGGGACACAGGAUGUGGUCCCAGUCUUCAAGGACAUUGGAAGAGUUGAGAAAUGCAUAUGAGAUUACUACCAAUGACACCUUUAAUUUAUACGAUGCUUCAAUGUUUUCAGAGCACUUUGGUGUAUUUUUCGUGCGAUUAGUGAGAUACUAUUGUACAAAAUUAAGAUAUCUACUGAUGCAAUAAUGUGAAUAGUUAGGAUUUAUUAAAUGCACUAUCCUCAGAUCUUUACAUGGACAAUCUCAUUUCUUUCAUACAGUUAUUCUGUGAGAUUACUAUUCCCAUGUGAUAGAUAAGAAAACUGAAAGCCAGAAAAUUAACUACCCUAAGGUUGCAUGGCCUUAAGGGACAAAGGCUAGGAUUGGAACCAGAUCUGACUCGAGAGCUCUAGCUAAUAAUUAUCCUAUACUUAGUUGACUCUGUACAUAGUAUGUUAGGGCAUUACAACUGUUUCAGACCUGGACAAUAAGCAUUAGGUUGAAAUUAUUUCACCAUGUUAAUAGUGGUACAUGGGCCCCCUCUUGUUUUCACCCAAGGCAGAAAAAGAUCAGCGAUUAGAAUCCCUAGAGGCCAGAGCAGUGGCAGACCAGCAAAGACAGCUGAGAUCCAACAGUUUUUUCAUAUAGUGUCCAUUCUACUUACUGAUGAAGCCAGCACGUAUCUAAGUAACCCACCCAGCAUCCCCACCCCAUCCCCAGCUCUGGGAAAGGAUUACAAUUAUAGGUACAGACAAAAAGGAAAUGCAAAGUUAAUUAUGGGUUAUUUAUUUAAGCAGAGGCUCUGUCACUGCAAGAUCCAAUCACUGCCCAGGGGCCCAGAAGCCAGCAACACAGGUUAUAUUCACAUAGCUCCCCAAAGACUUUCAAAGGGAGCUGCAGAAGGUGCUAGAAAUAUCCAGGGGUCCACAAUUGCUUACCUGUAGCUCACCCUCUGGAGAAGAGGAAAAGAAAAAGCCAUUCUAGCUGCCACAUUUUCUGCUCCUGUUCCCCCACCCCUAUCACAUCCUUCUCUCUAUCCCUCUUCCUCCAAAAUGGCUUCAACAUGACCCCAACCCAAAAUUACCCUCAGGCUGAGCAUCAGCAUACGCACAAAGCUCCCCCUUUCCCAAGCCUUCAGCUUGGGAAAGUUCAUGAGUUGGCUAACUGUUUGUUAGAAGAUGAAGGAUAAAGAUGAGGUCAGAGGUGGCCUGCAGAACCAGUUCAAAUUAGCAGGGUCUUUCUUUAUUCUUCAUGCAUCUGAAAGGACUCUGAGUAACUAUUUCCAAUGUGGAGGUAGGAGAGAAGUCUUGCUUAAAUGUGUGCAUUGGGACAGGACUGGUUACCAUCCCAAAGAGAACACUUAGAAACCAGAACUAGGUGAGGACGACCUCUCAGAAGCUCACACAGCAAGUGUAUAAGCCAUUGGCCUGUCUGUUGACUUAGAUUCAUAUGCUUAGUGGAACUCCAUUCACUGUGACCCAAACUUGAACCAUCCUCCACCCCCCCACGCCCACCCCCCGAAAAAAGCUGCCUGGGUGAUUGGUUGAUGUUUAGGGUGGUAGGACUGAAUUUUCCAUGCAUUUGUCCAACAGAGAGCUGUUAAUCAAAAAUCAGAUUCAUUUAACCUUAUUAACUCUUCAGCUUCCUUCUCUCCACCCCUUUUAAAAACAGGGACUGUGGUUUAAUUACACACUUUUCGGAUGUCACUGUUGAACUCUAUAGACAGAGCACUAAUCAUGGGUCUGACCUGCAUCAUCAUCUUCUGCCUGGACUUUUGUGAUAGACUCUUUGAAGAAAAAAAUUAUACUUUUUGUUUAAUUGUGAAAGUCUCACACGUGUAUUGUAGAAAAUUUAGGGGGGAAGAAAAAGAAAAGAAAUGACAAAAUUCAACUCAUAAUUCUACCACCCAAGAACUAUAUCUUUUAUUCUUUUUGGUAUAAAUGUAUGCACACACAGACACAGGUUUUUUGUUUGUUUUGUUUUUUUAUGAAAAAAUACUGGAUCACACUGUAUAUACUCUUUAAUAACUUACUUUUCAAAAUGCAUAUUUAUAUUUUAGAAUAGGUAAUACAUAUAGAGAAACAAAAUUCAAAAAGUACAAAAAGCUCUAUAGUCGGAAGUAACUCUUCCUUCCCUGUCUGCCAACAUCUAGUUUGCCUCUAAUUUCUUGAAUAUCCUUUCAGAGAUACACAUUUUUGAACAUACAUAUAUACUUUUAUCACACACAGUGGUAGCAUAUUGGACACACUUUUUUUUUGCUCAUUUUAUUAUUUCACUGAAUAUAUUCUGAACAUUUUUCAUGUGUGUCUUCCAGACUUUGGAAAUAGCAUCUUCAUUGUAUGGAUGAACCCUCAUUUUGUAAUCAACACCCAAAUUUCGUUUGUUCCCAGGCUUUCUUGUAAAUAAUGGUGCAACAGACAACCCUGUAGCUGAAAUUUGCACACCCCUAUGACUGUUUCCUUAGGUUAUAUCCAAGAAGGAAAUUGCUUGGCUAUUUUUAAGAAUUUUGAUAUAUAUUGCCAAUUGCCCCCCAAGAAGUUUAUACCAAAACACUGUCCUAUUCGCAGUUUCUAGAGUGUCCUGUUUCCUGCAACCUAACACUGGGUAUUAUCACUAAUCAAAUCUCUACCAAUUUGACAGGCAAAAUAAUAGUAUGUCAAUCUUAUUUUAGCUUUGAUUAUUAGUGAAUAACAUUUUCAUAUGCUUAUUGACCAUUUGUACUCCUUUCUUUGUGAAUUUUCUAUUUAUUUGAUAUUGGUAUGUUUAUUAUCGAUUUGUAAUUUGAAGAAUAUUAUUUUGUCAAGAAAUGCUGCAAAUAUGCUUUCCAAGUGCUUUGCUUUCAAAUUUUGUUUAUGGUGCUUUUUGACAUACAUAAAUUCUUAAUUCUGCAA